AUCACGAUUAAUAUAAUGAUAUUAUUUAAACAUGAUUAAUUUGAUCAAAGUAAAAGAAAAACAGAAAGAAGCAUCUGAAAAUGCAGCAUCAAAACCACAAAUUAAAGAACAAUCAGCCUCAGAAUUACGUGUUCAUAGAGAUAUUAAUGAAUUAACUUUACCACCAAUUUGUACAAUUAAUUUUCCUAAUGGAAAAGAUGAUCUUAUGAAUUUUGAAGUAUCAAUUAAACCUGAUGAUGGUUAUUAUAAUGAGGGUACAUUUCCAUUUACAUUUCAAAUUCCAAUAUUAUAUCCACAUGAUGCACCAAAAGUUAAGUGCAAAGUUAAAGUUUAUCAUCCAAAUAUUGAUUUGGAAGGUAAUGUUUGUCUUAAUAUUCUUAGGGAAGAUUGGAAACCUGUUUUGAAUAUUAAUGCUGUGAUUUAUGGAUUAAUUCAUUUGUUUACUGAGCCUAAUUAUGAAGAUCCACUUAAUUAUGAAGCUGCCAAUGAGUUGAAAGAUAAUCCAAGCUUGUUUGAAAUAAAUGUUCAUAGGGCAAUGUGGGGUGGCUACGUGCAUGAAGAGAAUUUCGAUCGAGUUGUAGAUUGAAAUUAUAUGCAUGAUAUUAAAGGCGGAGUCAAGAUUUCUGCUCAGGAGGUUCCAAAUCUGAAGGGGUUCAAUAUCUACGAUAUAUAUAUAAAAAUUAUUUUAAUCAUGUAUUAAUAAUGUAUAAUUUUUUGUCAAAGGAAAUUCGGACGAACCCCUUAUUACUAGGCUGGCUCCGCCUCUACAUAAUAUAAUCUUCUGAUUUUGCAUAUAAUGUAAUUUUGGUCACAUAUUUGUUUCGAUAAAUUGGAAAUAGUAUUCGGAGAUUAUUUCAAAUAAAGUGUUUUGUUUCCUUGUU